GUUCACGGCUUGGUGCAACUCCCACCUGCGGAAGGCUGGCACGCAGAUAGAGAACAUCGACGAGGAUUUCCGCGACGGCCUCAAGCUCAUGCUGCUUCUGGAGGUGAUUUCAGGGGAACGAUUGCCAAAGCCGGAGCGGGGAAAAAUGAGAGUGCAUAAAAUCAACAACGUGAACAAAGCCCUCGAUUUCAUCGCCAGCAAAGGCGUCAAGCUGGUCUCUAUAGGAGCUGAAGAGAUCGUCGAUGGCAACGCGAAGAUGACGCUGGGCAUGAUCUGGACCAUUAUCCUCCGAUUUGCCAUUCAGGACAUCUCGGUGGAAGAGACCUCGGCGAAGGAGGGCUUGCUGCUGUGGUGUCAGAGGAAGACGGCUCCCUACAAGAACGUCAACGUGCAGAACUUCCACAUCAGCUGGAAGGACGGUCUUGCUUUCAAUGCCUUGAUCCACAGACACAGACCGGAGCUCAUCGAAUACGACAAACUCCGAAAGGACGACCCCGUGACGAAUCUGAACAACGCCUUCGAGGUGGCGGAGAAGUACCUGGACAUCCCCAAGAUGCUGGAUGCAGAGGACAUUGUCAACACAGCUCGCCCCGACGAGAAAGCCAUCAUGACCUAUGUGUCGAGCUUCUACCAUGCCUUUUCUGGGGCUCAGAAGGCCGAGACCGCGGCGAACCGCAUCUGCAAAGUGCUGGCCGUCAACCAGGAGAACGAGCACCUGAUGGAAGACUACGAGAAACUCGCUUCCGACCUGCUGGAGUGGAUCAAGCGCACCAUCCCUUGGCUGGAGGACCGCAGCCCGCAGAAGACCAUACAGGAGAUGCAGCAGAAGCUGGAAGACUUCCGCGACUACCGGCGCGUCCACAAGCCCCCCAAAGUGCAGGAGAAAUGCCAGCUGGAGAUCAACUUCAACACCCUGCAGACGAAGCUCCGGCUGAGCAACAGACCUGCUUUCAUGCCCUCCGAGGGGAAGAUGGUCUCGGGUUUCUGGAUGCCUGUGAGCUUGGGCGGGGGGGGGAAGGCUGUUCGUUUGGGUCCGUCUUUCGAGGGGAUGCCGGCCGGGUGGCCUCCUCCAAGCCGGAGGACUCGCCACGGUGCCUCUCCCAGCGCGUACGGAGGGGGACAAAGUGUCAGCCCCGCCGGGGAGGUGACGGCCCUCGCUCCCCUGUCCCUAGGCAAGGAGGCCAUGCUGAAGCAGAAGGACUACGAAACCGCCACCCUGUCGGACAUCAAAGCCCUCAUCAGGAAGCACGAAGCCUUCGAGAGCGACCUGGCGGCGCACCAGGACCGCGUGGAGCAGAUCGCGGCUAUCGCGCAGGAGCUCAGCGAGCUGGAUUACUACGACUCGCCCAGCGUGAACGCUCGGUGCCAGAAGAUCUGCGACCAGUGGGAUGUUCUGGGUUCCUUGACCCACAGCAGGAGAGAGGCUCUCGAGAAAACGGAGAAGCAGCUGGAAACGAUCGACGAGCUGCACCUGGAGUACGCGAAGAGGGCGGCCCCCUUCAACAACUGGAUGGAGAGCGCCAUGGAAGACCUUCAGGACAUGUUCAUCGUCCACACCAUCGAGGAGAUCGAGGGACUCAUCGCUGCUCACGACCAGUUCAAGUCCACCCUGCCCGACGCCGACAAGGAGCGCGAGGCCAUCCUGGGCAUCCAGAGGGAAGCACAGCGGAUCGCGGACUUGAACAGCAUCAAGCUCUCUGGGAACAACCCCUACACCUCCGUCACCCCGCAGAUCAUCAACUCCAAGUGGGAACGGGUCCAGCAGCUGGUGCCGAAGAGGGACCAUGCCUUGCUCGACGAGCAGAGCAAGCAGUCUUCCAGCACCGCACCCCGGCGGUCCCCCAGCCAGGCCAACAUCGUGGGGCCCUGGAUCCAGACCAAGAUGGAGGAGAUCGGGCGCAUCUCCAUCGAGAUGAACGGCACGCUGGAGGACCAGCUCAACCACCUCAAGCAAUACGAGCAGAGCAUCGUGGACUACAAACCCAACAUCGACCUGCUGGAGCAGCAGCACCAGCUCAUUCAGGAGGCGCUGAUCUUCGACAACAAGCACACCAACUACACCAUGGAGCACAUCCGCGUGGGCUGGGAGCAGCUCCUCACCACCAUCGCCCGCACCAUCAACGAGGUGGAGAACCAGAUCCUCACCCGCGACGCCAAGGGCAUCAGCCAGGAGCAGAUGCAGGAGUUCAGGGCCUCCUUCAACCACUUCGACAAGCGAUCCCCGAGGACUCGGGACGUUUGGGACGUUUCCUCCCCGCGCGGCUGA